AUGUCUCUUCUUCUCUUCCUCCUCCCUCUUCCUCUCCUCCUCUCCCCUUCCCUCUCCUUCCCUUUUGGAAAUACUUCAUACUUCAUUGACUGUGGCGGUUCCAGAAACACAACAGAUCCAUUCAACACCACAUGGCUUUCCGACCGUUACUUCACAGGCGGAGCCACCUCUGUAGUGUCAGAGCCACUCCACUUCCGCUACCCUCAAGAGAAAAAUCUCCGCUUCUUUCCACUCUCCUCCGGAAAAAAAAACUGCUACAUUCUCCCUCUCCCUAACGGCCGUUACUACUUCCGUACAUUCACUGUCUACGACAACUACGACGGCAAAUCUCACUCUCCUUCAUUCCAAGCAUCCGUGGAGGGUACGUUCGUCUUUUCGUGGACUUCCCCUUGGCCUGAGAAUCUCGCUCGUGACGGUGCGUACUCCGAUCUCUUCGCGUUUGUUAGAGACGGUGAAGCGGAUGUCUGCUUUUACAGUAUUGCUACUGACCCUCCCGUCAUUGGAUCCCUCGAAAUUCGUCAAAUCGAUCCGUCAUCUUACGAUUCCGCAACAAUCGGUGAUAAAUUCAUCCUCGUUAAUUACGGCCGUGUAUCAUGUGGGUCCAAUCAGUGGGGCCCAGGGUUCAGCAACGAUACUGAUUAUUUCGGCCGAACUUGGCAGUCCGACUCCGAAUUUCGAACUCCAAACACGACAAAAAUAAUCAACUCCUUCUCCACACGAGAAACUAUAACCGGCACCAAUCAGCCGCCGAAUUAUUAUCCGAUGAAGCUUUACCAAACGGCUGUUACUGGAAAUGGAAUAUUGGAGUACGAACUGUCGGUCGAUGCGAAAAUGGAUUAUCUGUUGUGGUUUCAUUUCGCGGAGAUUGAUUCGAGUGUGAAGCAGAAAUCGGAGAGAGUGUUUGAUGUGGUGGUGAAUGAGAAGAAUGUGAAGCGGGUCGACAUUUUCGAGGAAGUUGGGAGCUUUGCAGCUUAUAAUUGGAGUUACUUAGCGCAUAAUUUGAGCAGUACUGUAUUGACUGUGAAGUUUGUGCCAGUUGUUGGCGCUCCGAUUGUUAGUGGAAUUGAGAAUUAUGCUUUGGUUCCUAGUGAUCUCUCCACCGUGCCGGAGCAAGUGGUGGCAAUGAGAGCAUUGAAAGAGUCGUUGCGGGUUCCUGACAGAAUGGGAUGGAAUGGGGAUCCUUGUGCCCCUACUAGUUGGGAUGCUUGGGAAGGAGUCACAUGCCAUCCCAACAAAGAUGAAACUGCACUUGUGAUAUCACAAAUUGAUCUUGGAAGUCAAGGCUUGAAGGGGAGUAUAAGCGGGCAUAUUACUCUUUUGUCGGACUUGGUAACCCUGAAUUUGAGUACUAAUUCUUUGGGAGGAACUCUACCAUCAGGACUAGGUCAACAAGCUCUUGUACGGCUGGAUUUGUCAAACAAUAAGUUCUUGGGUCCUAUACCAGAAAGUCUAGCUUCAGCAACUCAUCUGCAGCUUGUGCUGUUGAAUGGGAACCUAUUGGAAGGGCGAGUGCCAGAGGAACUUUAUUCAAUUGGUGUGCAUGGUGGAACUAUUGAGUAA